UAGAGAAGACUGGAAAAUGUUUAUUGAAUAUGGGGGGGGGGAUUGUGUAGACUUGAAAACGCUGGCAGCAUUAAGAUAAAUUCAACAGUGUAAAUAAGUUUUGAUGGACGUAAUACAGUGGUACUUCGGGUUAAGUACUUGGAGGUUCGUUCCGGAGGUCCGUUCUUAACCUGAAACUGUUCUUAACCUGAAGCACCACUUUAGCUAAUGGGGCCUCCUGCUGCUUCCGCACCGCCGGAGCACGAUUUCUGUUCUCAUCCUGAAGCAAAGUUCUUAACCCGAGGUACUAUUUCUGGGUUAGCGAAGUCUGUAACCUGAAGCGUAUGUAACCCGAGGUACCACUGUAAUGGAAUACUGAAUGGUUUAGUUUAUGUAAAAUAUGCAGGGAUUUAUGAUAUGUAAAAUGAACUAUGGAAAGAGAAGUCAUUGAUAUUUUGAUGUUUAAAUGAGUAUUCUAUAUUGUAAAACAAAAAACAUUAAUAAAAAUUAUAUAUAAAAAAUAAAAUAAAAUGGUGGCUUUUAAUGACAGGAUCAAGUCCUAGGAGUUUAAAAGCUGCAUUAGAAGAGAAUUCCUCUGAGCACAUGCAGAGUCUAUUUCCCCAUGCUACACUUAACAACUACAGCCAGCUUCCACCCAUCUAGAAUUAGAGAGUAAUAUAUAAUAAGGUGCUAGUUCUGCAUUUUAUAUGCCACAAGAAAACUCCUGUGUAACAGCUAGAGUUUCAGACUAGGCCCAGGAGAAAGCAAAAUCCAUAUCUCCAUACCCAGCCAUAAAAUCAUUGGGGGAUAUUUGAACUGAACACUUCUCUUUAACCUAGCCUACCUCACAGGGUUGUUGUGCUGAUGACUGGUAGGGGAGGGGGGAAACCAUGUACACCAUCUUGAAAGGUCAGAAAUGUAAUAAGUAAAUAGCUCUUAGUGUAGUGCAGGAGAUGAAAGAAUGAAAUCAAUGAAGGAUCCUGUGGACUCAAAAUACAGAUACACAGGGGAGGCUACCCACUGCUUCUCUAAAUCAUUCCCUGCUCUGGCCUUGGUUCUUUCAUACAUUUAAAAUGGUGUCGUAGUGCUUUAAAUGUAUGCUGUCAAUACACACGCACACAAACACACACACACACACAUGUGCCCGAAGCAGCUCACACUGCACCGCACAAAGGACAACCACAAUUCAGAAACCAUGUUAGGAACCAUUACAAAUAACCCAUAAUGUCAGUCUUUAAAUAUAUCAUUAAAAAAUCAACCUGUGCAAGCAACUUUGUACAAAUCAAUAGACUGUUUUAACAGCUUGAAACUAAACAGAUGCGAGGAUCAAGCUUAGCGCAGAAAUAAAACAGCAGUAUAUAAGGCCAAAAGGGGGGGGGGAUCUCCGUUUCAAAAAACCAGUCCGCAUAGAUUCACCACAGUUAACUUACAUCCCUUGAAUGUGAGCCUUCCCUCCCGACUCUCUCACCUGCUAAGUCCCUUCCCCAUCGCUCACCUGGGGAGGUAAAGAUUGUCACUCCUCCUACACUCACGGUCUUGAUCCAACUCGCAAACUGAAACAGUGAGUCCACAUGAGAACGCAGUGCAACAGGUAUGGUUCCUAAGCAGAGUGCAAAUGUAGAUGAGAUACAUAGAGUGGUCAUUUUCUUAGCUGUGAUGGCACUGCGGCUGCCUCCCCGCACCAGCACAAACUCAGCCACUGUGUGUACCCCACAGAUAACCCUGGCUUAUCAACCUCUGGCCGCUCCCACCUUAGGAUGCUGUGAUGCUAAUCAUGGAAUCCAUCCAGCCGUGAUGCUGAAUCUAUUCAUCUGUGAUGCUGAGCACACAGAAUGCACUCAGUUUCUUAAGGCGGCCUGACACAUGUGCCUCGCCCCUUUGUUUGUGGCUGGUUAUAUGAGAGAGUGCCCUGAUCUAUUAAGCAAGCUCUAAAAUGGGACUGGUUGCCAGUGUCCUUGAGUGUCUGAAGUGAUGACUGACAGCCGCACGGUCACACCCACUUCUCCCCAGAUGACAUAAAAUGAAUGAACUUCCCCCAGCAGUUGGGACUGUAACUUCGCACCUCCCAGCUCACACACAGCUCCUCUUUCCCCUUCACCAAACAAGCAGGCAAAUGACAAACUGAUUGCGAGGACUAUGAUGGCGAGGAACACCGACAUGCGCUGGCGUCUGCCGCUGGUUUGCCUCCUCUGGGAGCUUGCCAUGAUCAUCCUUUUUGGCGUCUUCGUGCGCUUCAAUGCAGAAUCCGAUAUAGCCGGCUGGGAGAAGGCGAAGCAGGAGAAGAACAUCACGAGCGACGCCGAGAAUGACUUCUACUUCAGAUACCCGUGUAAGUAAUGUUGACAUUUGGCCAUUAACGUUACGGGGGCCUUUCCAGAUUGUCGGGAUUUUUGAAGGAGGGGUUCUUACUGCAUACCAGGAAAUUUAGGUUUGGGUGACUGAUGAGGAUCAAAGCAUUCUGUCACUCUGGUGCAACAAAGGCACUUUUUAAAGAAAAGAAACAGACUGUUUGCAGUUAGGAAAGUGACGGGAGAGUUGACGGUGUUCGAAAGUGAGGGGUGCACGAAUGGUUUAGCAGAAAGCUGCAUAAAACCCCUGCAAGAAAAUCAGGAUGAAUGCUCAUUGUUGUAUAAAAUUCCUGCAAACAAAUCAAAAUCAAUGCUCAAGAAACACCAGGUAUAAACUAGCCUCUGUAUAAGCUUUACGCAAGGGAAUCAGGAUAGCUGCUCAGUAAACAGGUGAUCCAGAGGAGCCCAGUGGUUCUUUAUUUCUCCCAUUGGACCCCAUCCAUGGGGCACCAUUUAUAUGUAGACCUUGGGACCCCAACCACUGCACACUGGGUGUUUGCAAGCACCCAAAGGAAAGGGGUUAAUCAGGAAUCAUGAUCCUGCAUUGGUGAGGCAAGUUAUCACAGAGGAAUGAUUUCAGUCCCAGAUCAGUUUAAUUUCAGUGUUCUGGUCAUAUACAGCCAGCCCUACCAUUGGACAAAGUGCCGUGGCUGUUUCAGGCAGCUGAUCUUAGAUGCUGUGAAAGGGCAACAAUGAUCAAGUAUCUAUUUUUUAUUCUAUUUUGAGGCAGGGAUUUUUCUCAGGUGCCAAAAUACUGCAUACCGUGACUUGGGGAGAGGUUUUCUGUUUUCUGUUCUGCUUCAGGCCAAAAAGAAUUUUGGGCCAGUCCUAGCUUUAGACAAGACUAGUUUCCUCCUCACUUAGGGGAAGGGGUGGGCAGUGUGCUCAGGCAUUCUGAUACAGAAAUAAACUAUUUCUAGCAGCAAAAACGUAACUUUAAUGCAGUUUUGCACAAAGGAGUCUUGAUAUAGUUAAAUGCAGAGAGCAAAGCCUUUUCUGCAGGUGUGAGGAACCUUUAGUUCUCUCCCUCAGAUGUUGCUGAACUGCAGCUCCCAUCAUCCUUGUUCAUUGGCCAUGCUUGCUGGGACUGAUGGGAGAUGUAGUUCAGCAACAUCUGGAGGGCUAAAGGUUCACAGAAUUGUAGAGUUGGAAGGGGCCACGUGGGGCAUCUAGUCCAACCCCCUGCAAUGUAGGACUCUUUUUGCCUAACGUGGGGCUCGAACCAACAACCUUGAAAUUAAGAGCCUCAUGCUUUACAGACUGAGCUACCUUCACACCUGAUUUACGGAAGCAUUCUGAACCAGUGACCAUCCUUGAGCUUAUUCGGUUGAACAAUUGGUAUGGUUAGGUUAGAUAGAACUGUGGACUUGGUGUUCUUAUGGGAUAGUGCUCUUUGGAUGGGAGACCAUGGUAAGCCCACCCAACUGACUUUUGAGGGUCCUUCUGCUCCUUCUGCUGAAGUGGGGGCUAGACUCCUGCCCUACAGGCAUCACUGCAGCUAAGUGUGCAUAUUGGAGGGCAAGGGCAGCUUGAGAAAGGAAUAGAUGACCCUGCUUAGGGAAGAGAUGUUGAACUAGGACCAAACCUGAGAGACCAGGAUUCAAAGCCUAACUUUGCCAGGAAGCUCACCUUGCCUCUCAGCUUAACUUACUUAACAGGGUUGUUGUGUGGAUUCAGUGAGGAAGGGGAAAACCAUGUACCCCACCUUGUGAGCUCCUGGGAGAAAAAAGUGGGAUAUCAUCAUCAUCAUCAGUGCUUUUUUUUUUCCUUAAAAAAUGUUUAGGGGUACUCUCCUUUUCCUACUUAUAUUGAAAUACUGUCUCUCAAUGAGGACAAAGUUAGAUUCACAAAAUGUUUAGGGGUUUGUGUACCCCUGCGUACCCCCAGAAAAAAGCACUGAUGAUGAUGAUGAUGAUGAUGAAAAUUUAUUAUUUAUACCCUGAUCAUGUGGUAGGGUUUCCCCAGUCACUCUGGGAGGCUCCCAACAGAGUAUUAAAAACACGAUAAAACAUCAAACAUUAAAAACUUCCCUAAACAGGGCUGCCUUCAGAUGUCUUCUAAAAGUCAGAUAGUUGUUUAUUUCCUUGACAUCUGGUGGAAGGGCGGUCCACAGGGUGGGCACCACUACUGAGAAGGCCCUCUGCCUGGUUCCCUGUAACCUCACUUCUUGCAAUGAGGGAACCAUCAGAAGGCCCUCGGAGCUGGACCUCAGUGUCCAGGCUGAACGAUGGGGGUGGAGACGCUCCCUCAGAUAUAAAUGCAACCAACUAACUAAAUAAAACCAAGUUAAGAGGAUGAGGUCACAUCCACACUACAUUUAAAGCACAUUUAUAGCACUUCAACAGUCAUGGCUGCCCCCUGAGAAUCCUGGGAACUGUGGUUUGCUUACCAUUUCCCAGCCCCCUUUAAAAAUUCAGUUAUUAUUCUUUGGGGGAAGUCAUGGGCUUUCAGUGUUGAGUGUGGAUGGAGCCUGAGCCAAGUAAGAACCUCUAUGGACAACAGUGAAGAACCUCAAGCCUGAGGACCAAAUGUGGACCUCUAGGCCUCUAUUUAUGGCCCUCAAAACUCUCCUCAUUCAGACCCCUCACUGAUUGUACCAUUCACUGGCUUUACCAUUAUGUCUAAAUGGGAAUCCUAUGAGGAAUGUUGGGCUGAGGUGGUAGUUUCUGUCCAAAGGUUAUGCAAUGACCUUUCAUGGCAAAACACGCUUCCUUCUCAGUUCAAGUGAAUACUCUGUUCAGGACACCACACUGGGCCUCCACAAGUUCUUCUGCUUAAACAAUCCUAGUGGCAACUGUAAUAAUAAUAGUAGUAGUAGUAGUAGUAGUAGUAAUCUGGGCAGCUUCCAACGGAAUAUUAAAACAUGAUAAAAUGUCAAACAUUAAAAACCUCCCUGGCAAAGGGGUUUUGGGAUGCUGAUUUUUCUCUCUCCCUUGUGCCGUCAUCUAGUAGCAAUGCCCAUCGGUAUUCUACAUAGGACAGAUGUGCCAGUCUCUAUGUAGAAGAAUAAGCGGGCACAAAUCUCGACAUUCCUCCCCAUCCCCCCAGCCAAAAUGUGAAAACAGCUAACAAGCUGAAACAAAGGAAAAAAUGUUACAUUUAUGUAAUGAGAUUGCACUAUUCAUGAACCAGUGGGAGAAUCUUUCAAACUCCCAGGACACUCUGUAACUGACCUCAAGGUUGCCAUUCAGAAAUAAAAGGAUCACAAAGCAAGAAUACAAUAGGGGUGUUCAUAUUCAAUGGGUUGCAAUCCCUCUGCCUGGGUACACAGACCCUGAGCUGUACUCAUGCGCAGUUAUUCACAUGUAAUAUUCACAAAGUAUAUGGUCUGAGUACCUGUGUACACAAGCUGUGCAAAUCAAUAAAUGUACACUCUUUCUCACAAACACUUGCACAUGUGUAGAACCAGCAUGUAUCUGUGUUCAGUGCGAAUACUGUUUCAAUGUGAAACAACAGAAUUACAAAAAUUCCUUCCAGUACACGAAAGCUCAUGCCAAUAACAAACUUAGUUGGUCUCUAAGGUGCUACUGGAAGGAUUUUUUUUAUUUUGUUUCGACUACAGCAGACCAACAUAGCUACCUACCUAUAAACAGAAUUACAACUCAUUGAGGUAAAGGUUUUUAAAAACCACCCUAUGUAUACUAACUUUGCAUUGUUAUUUGUAUUUAAAAAUUGUAUCCCACGGUUCAUAAAAAAAAAUAGCAGAGUGGGUUACAACAAUUAUGCAUAAAAUCAUACGAUAGAACCAUAUAAAAAUGUUAAAAUCAGAAAUCAGCUAACUGUUAAGGAAAGAUGCGUUCUUGAUUGUCUUUGUAAGCCUAAUUAGUUGACCAAUGCCAGGAUAUCUGUUGUUAUCAAUGGUUAUCUGUAUUGGUUCCUGCCACAAUACAGGUGUUGAUACAAUCAUCUUAGCAAUGCUGAGUAUGUGAUCACCAAUCUGCUACACUGAAGGGUGUGCCUUUUCAACAUAGAUUUGUGCUUUAGUUACAACUGAUUUGUUGAAGUGGGGUUGUAUCUCAUUGUCGCCCAACUCCCAGUUUUCUCCCUGCCAACUAAGAUUUCACUUUGCACAUCUUACAAAGUGGCCUUGAGUCCACGAAAGCUUAUGCGAUAAUAAAUUGGUUCAUCUUUUAAGGUGCCCCAGGUCUUUGUUGUCUAUUGCUGCAAAAGACUAACAACCCACUUCGAGAGAGCUAAAACAGUAGCAGCCUAAGGCAGAAAUCUUCCAACAGCCACUUAUUAAGUAAGUUUCACACAAAUUGGAAAAUGGACAAGCUAGGAGUUUGGAGUGGGAUCCAGAUCUCUGCUUCAGCAGCAGCCAAAUGUGUGAAUUGGUUUAAUGUGCAAUCGACACAUCCAUGCCAUAAAUUUAAAGCAUGUGACUCUCCCCAAAGAAUCCUGGGAACUGUAGUUCCCUGGAAACUGUAGACUAUAGCUCUGUGUGGGGGUAAACUACAGUUCCCAAGAUUCUUUGGGGGGCAGCCUUGGGCUUUAAAUUUGUGAUCUGUAUUGAUUACACUCUAAUGGAGAAUUCAGGAACAUCUGCAUUUCUAAUUUAUAUUGGUUUUGUAUCAGCUUAGCAGGCAUGGCUCUAAAAAAAUAAAAAUAAAUCCUGUGAACUGUAGCUUGGUGGGGAUGCUGAGAAUUCUCUUAUAAAUCUGUAUGCAACUCACAUAGGACCACAGCUCUUAGAAAUCCAUGUGGGGAGAGAAUGAUGGUUUCACCAGUUUAAGCACUAAGAGGAAAGACCAGGGUGGUUUUUCAGAUGUUGAUGAACUACAACUCCCAUCAUUACCUGGCCAUUGGUCACGCUGGCCAAGGAUGCUGGGAGUUGAAGUCCAACAACAUCUGAAAGGCCACAGGUUUCCUAUUCAUGUACUACAGUCUGGGUGCCUUAACACUGCCAUAUGUAAUGGGUAAGGGGCUGGGUGGGGUGGAAAUCCACAACAGUGCAAUACUUGUGCAAAGAAAAAUUUCAACAAGUGAUCAACAAAUGAGUAAGCUUCUGAGUUCCACAGAACUCUGAAUCUCUUACCAGAGAGUAAAUCAAUGGGUCUUGCUUUGACAUGGGUAGGAUUGCACUGUCAAGCUCACUGAGUUCAAGGGGCUUCCCUUCAGGUAAAUGCACAUGGAAAUGAAUACUGAAUUUGAUCAGACUGGGGUCAGCAAAACAAGAUUUCCAUUUGAACCAAAGGCUAUGGGGGAAAGGAAAUGUCAAGCCUAAAUGUCAGCAAGUCUUUGUUUCUUUUGCCAAUGCCAAAAGGAAUACCCUGGUCCCUUGGGAGAAUAGGGAAGAAAAGAGCAGAGAAAAACUGGCCACCAUUAGCAAGCCUCAAGAUAAAUCUUAGGCAGUGCAGCUAUUCUCCACAUGUGUUGAACAACUCCAUUAUCGGAGAAACUGUCCAUUUAAGUUUCUCAAUUUUUUCAAAUCUUAAACUCAAGUUAUCUACAUUUCCAUAGCAGUUUGCAAUUAUUAAGAAAAGCUAAUGAAAAUCUGUCAACGUUCUAGCACUAAUUUCUCCUAAUGAUAUGUUUUUGCAGGCAGUUUUGACUAACAUUUGCUCAUUUGGGCAAGCAGAAUGUGCAUGGUUGUUGGUUUUUUUUUACUAAUAUAUGCAUUUGUAUGCACACCUCCCUCUAAUAUAUGCAGCUUGGUUGGAGAAUUGCACUGCAGAAUUCUGAAAAGUGGACCUUACAAAGGAUAAAUGUCUUUUACAUUCAUGUAUCGGUUCGAGGAGGGACGCGGUGGCGCUGGGGGUUAAACCACAGAGCCUAUGAUUUGCUGAUCAGAAGGUCGGCAGUUCGAAUCCCCACGACGGGGUGAGCUCCCUUUGCUCGGUCCCUGCUCCUGCCAACCUAGCAGUUCGAAAGCACCGCUCCGGCGGGAAGGUAAACGGCAUUUCCGUGUGCUGCUCUGGUUCACCAGAAGUGGCAUAGUCAUGCUGACCACAUGACCUGGAAGCUGUCUGCAGACAAACGCCGGCUCCCUCGGCCAAUAAAGCGAGAUGAGCGCUGCAACCCCAGAGUCGGUCAUGACUGGACCUAAUGGUCAUGGGUCCCUUUACCUUUACCUUUAUCGGUUCAAGAGGUGUGAAUUGGGUAAAGGGACCCCUGACCAUUAGGUCCAAUCACAGAUGACUCUGGGGGUUGUGGCGCUCAUCUCGCUUUAUUGGCUGAGGGAGCCAGCAUACAGCUUCCGGGUCAUGUGGCCAGCAUGACUAAGUCGCUUCUGGCAAACUAGAGCAGUGCACGGAAACACUGUGCUACUUGCACUUUGUGCUUUCAAACUGCUAGGUUGGCAGGAGCAGGGACCAAGCAAUGGGAUCUCACCCCGUCGUGGGGAUUCGAACCGCCGACCUUCUGAUCGGCAAGCCCUAGGCUCUGUGGUUUAACCCACAGCGUCACCCGCAUCCCACCAUGAAUUGGGUAGUUUCAACUUAAAUUGCAAAGGAAAGCAAAUUCCUCUCCCAUCCCUCUUUGUAAUGUUUGGAGCGCUUUCCCCAUUCUGUGCCCAUCGCCCCUGAGCAGCCCAUCCUCUCUAUUCCUUCUCAUCUUACCUGUCUUGGUUCUUGUGCCUGGUUCUUCCCUGUAUACAACCAUGUGGGGAUGGAGGUUAAUGGGUGUAUCAGGAUGUGUGUUGUUUUGCCCGAUUUGGAUAGGUGCCAAACAGAGAGAUGGUGAAGCCUGACUCACUUCAAGCGGUAUAGGCUGGAGGAGAAAAGCAGUCACAGGAUUGGGGAGAAACUGUGCGCUGUUUCUCAGGUUUCAAGGAAAGAAUUACUACCACCCUUUCUCAAAUACAUGCAAACAUGCAUUAUAUGCAGUAGUUCAUGGCACCUCUUUUUUAUAGCACUGACUAGUAUUGUUGUUGGUCUUUGCAACCCUGUGGAUUCCACAGAAUAUGAAGGGACUGAAAAGGAGUCAUUAGAUCUUUUGGUUGGGCCAACUAGUUUGCUUUAAAGUCAACUGGGAUCCCUGGCUAAUUUGAAGGAGAUUGGCAAGGACAGUGGUGGGCAAUGUGGCGCCUUCGAGCUGUUGUGGACUGGAACUCCCAUCAUCCCUGAUCAUUCACCAUGCUGGCUGUGGCUGAUGGGAAUUAUAGUCCACACAACAUCUGUAGAGCAGCAUGUUAGCUUUUCCUGAGCCAGGAUUUCUGACUCUCAGUUGUUUAACAGUAGCAACAACAAGCUGACUUUUUCCACCUAAAGUAGGCUGCUGAACGGAAGAAAGACACAGUGGUACCUCGGGUUAAGUACUUAAUUCGUUCCGGAUGUCCGUUCUUAACCUGAAACUGUUCUUAGCCUGAAGCACCACUUCAGCUAAUGGGGCAUCCUGCUGCUGCCGUGCCGCCGGAGCCCAAUUUCUGUUCUCAUCCUGAAGCAAAGUUUUUAACCCGAGGUAAUAUUUCUGGGUUAGCGGAGUCUGUAACCUGAAGCGAAUGUAACCUGAAGUGUAUGUAACCCGAGGUACCACUGUAACCAGGAGUGGAAUUUUGUGUGAAUAGACCGUAAGCUUAGUUCAGUUCUGGUAGUGGAAACAAAUUACAAGUCUAAGCAUCUGCUCAGAGGCACCCUGUUUUUUGAGGUCACACGCAUUCCACACCAUGCAUAGAAAACACAUAGCUUCCCCUAAAGAACCCUGGGAACUGUGGAUUACCCUUCAAAGAGCUGCAGUUCCAAGUACUGUACCCUUGAAGGAAAUGGCCUACAUUUCCCAGAGUUCCCUGGGAAGAGGGAGUGAUUGUUAAACCACUCUCGAGGACUGCAACUCUCAGCACCCUUGAACAAACUACCUUUCCCAGGAUUCUCUGUGAGAAGCUAUGACUGCUUAAAGUGGUAUGCUACUGCUUUAAACGUAUGGUGCAGAUGGUAACCUUACUUAAUUUCAGCUGGGUGUGAUGUCACUGGAUGUCUUCCUCAUUCACGAACUGCCACCACUUUGGGAGUAUGGCAAAGCCUGGGUGUUUUGUUUUUUCUCUAUUAUGCAGCCUCUCCCAAAUGCUCCCAGUCACCCAAGACUUUUACAGUGGCAUUGAUAUUAACAGAGUUCCGACGCGACGUGCUUGGGGAAAAUCACACGCUCUUCACUUGGGUUUCAUAAACAAAACACCUCACUUCAUUAAACACGAGUUUGAGAUGAGAAUCUCGGCUAGUUCCCUCAGUCCCUGGAAAGCUUAGCUGCUCAGUCUCACCCUCACAUCAGUAGAAAGCCUGGAUUAAGCCAGACACUGUUUAAUCAUUAAACUUCCUCUACCGGUGGCAGUAGUAGCGUUACAACAUUUUCUCCUUCUGGGAGUCGACAUGAAUAUAUUAUAUUAGGGAUAGAACAUGUUGGUUAUGAUUGACUCAGCUGCCAAAGUUCUUCAUUUGUGUCGGUUAAGGGAUACAAUCUGAACUGGACAAUCCUGUUUCCUAUUGACGUGCAAUUUUAUCUCUUUCCUCCUCCACUUUUGCAUAGGAUUAACAUUCCUUUGUAUUCUAGGAGACCAGACAGUGCUUACUUUAUUCUUUCUGUACUUAUUGUACUAACUUGAAAUUUAGCUGACACAUUUUAACUUUGCCUCUGAAUCACACGAGUUCCCAAAGCAAUCCCAGGAAGUUUCCCCCUCCUCAUGAAGAGGGGGUGCCAUGACUGUUCAUAGAUUCAUAGAAUUGUAGAGUUGGAAUUGAACACCAGGGUCAUCUAAUCCAACCCCUUGUUAUGCAGGAAUCUUUUGUGCAACGUGGGGCUUGAACUCACAAACCUAAGAUUAAGAGUCUCAAGCUCUAUCGACGGAACUAUCCCAGCUGUUGGCUUCAAAUGUUACAUCAAGUGUGGGACCGCUGGAAAAGUGGCUGGAUUGCCUUACACAGCCAAUCCCUGCAGAAAGGACUGUACCACCUUGUGGGGAGUCCAGUGCUGUUGGGUCUGGGUGUAUGAGAGAGCUCCCUGUGUGGAAAUCUUUCAUGUACCUGAAGAAAGCUGGUCGGCUCCCACUGCCCAUCAACUAAUGAAUGGGAAAUUCUUUUUUUAAAAAACACACCAUUUUAUUAAUUUUACAAAUAUAAAAUACAAAUAAACACACAUCAAUAAAGUAAUACUAUAUGUGGAGAUUCCCUGAAUCUCACGUCUUUCCCUCAUCCUGUCCAUGGGGUCUUGUUUCAAAACAUCUACAACUGCACAUUAGUCUGUAGUCCAGUUUUUAUAUCGAACCAUAUUGCCAUAAUGUUUUUUACACUACAAGUGUGUCAAAAUCCUGCUCUUGCUUCCAUCAGCUUACAGUGGUCUCCUAGAUAACUUGUAAAUUUCCCCCAUUCUUUUAGAAAGUUUUUAAUCCUCUUGAGCAGGGGUCAGCAAACUUUUUCAGCAGGGGGCCGGUCCAAUGUCCCUCAGACCUUGUGGGGGGCCGGGACUAUAUUUUGAAAGAAAAGAACGAAUUCCCAUGCCCCACAAAUAACCCAGAGAUGCGUUUUAAAUAAAAGGACACAUUCUACUCAUGUAAAAACAUGCUGAUUCCCGGACCGUCCGUGGGCUGGAUUUAGAAGGCGAUUGGGCUGGAUCCGACCCCUGGGCCUUAGUUUGCCUACCGAUGCUCUUGGGGAAUUCAAUCCUGCUUGGUCCUGCUACCAUCCUUUCCACCUCUGCAGGUUAACUUUGACAAGGCUUCUCUAAAUACAUUGGUAGAUCCAGCCUGUCUGGUAGCAGAAGCAAACAUUAGUGAAAACAAAGCAAGAUUUUAUGGGAUUCAUUGAACAACCCCUUGCCCUUCCUCUGACAGCCUUGAGGUACAUCUUUCAUAUACUUUUUGUGAUGCUUCUGAAUACCAGUUGCUGGAAACCACUGGAGGGGAGAGGGAUCUUCUGCUCAGAUCCUGCCUGAGUAUUUCCCAUGGGCAUCCAGUGGGAGUUGGUCACUGUGAGAACAGGAUGCUGGGAUAGAUAGGGCAUUGGUGCCAUCACUUCCGGGGUCUUAGGGGUUGUUACACCUCUGCUUCAGAGGCCAAGUUCCCUUUCUGGGGGAGAGAUCCCUGCUAGUCUCCCAUAAAGGCCUGACUCCCCCUUUACUGUUCUGGGCUGUUUCUGAGGGCUCCAGAUCCUACUUGACCAGAUCUCUGGGAGAUUUUGUAGUCAGCCACAACUGCAUGAUUGUUAGUAUAUGAAAAGGGUCAAGGACCACAGAGUUCUAAUUGCUAGAGAAGGUUCAGUUAGGUCAUGUCCCCUCACCCCCAGUGAGGAAGGAAAUGCUGUAUAUCUUAUCUUCUUUUCCCCUUCUCCUUUCUUUACGAUGUAGCUAUGGAAGCAGCAUGUGUCUCUCAAUAGCUUCCAGCUCUAGACACCUGUCUGAAGCUAUCUUGCUGCUUCCUUUUUACCCAUAUGCCUGAAUUUCUUAUCGUUGCUGCAUAGAAUAAUGCAGGACUGUGACAUCAAAUACGUAAGUAAAGUAUUUUAAACUUACUUCAGUGUGUGGUCUGCUUCAUUGCAGGAGGGAUAGAAAGGGGCGUCAGCUGCUUUAUACAGCUAAACGGAAUAAAUAAGGUUUAACAGCAUAUUCCCAUGCAUCGCUAUUCUGCCUAAGAAUAAGAAUGAAAUUCUGUUAGGGGUUUUCUCCCCAUCAGAGAGACUGCUGAAGCCCCACACUUUGGAAUACAGGCUUGCUGCCACUUUUCUUUGUUAUUAACACACCCACACAGGUCUCUGUAGGAUUAAAUAUGAUUAAUAUAUCCUUUUACCAAUUCCCACCAUUAAAUCCUCCAUGGAAGAAGAAGCACAUAUGAUCUUGGGGGCACAGAGUGUGUGCUUUUUACCUUUUUCAUCUGGUUUGCCAGCUGUGUACCCAUUCCCUUUAAAAAAGUUUUUAUUUAUACUUUUCAAAUUUAUACAUUUCAUAAAUUUUACAAUUAUUUUAACAUUUCAAAGUUUGACUUCCCCCCUGCUCUUUCUGCAGUUCCUUAAAUUUAUUUUUUAAUAUCUUCUGCAUAUCCAAAUUCAUUUAAUUUGCUCAUUUAAUUAUCUACUUUAAAUAUAAACUCUUACGAAACUGCAGGUUAUUACAAUAAUCCUGCCAACACUUUUAUCUGUUUGCAGUUCAUCUGUAAAUAUUCAAUAAACCAUUUCCAUUAUUUUAUUUUAAAAAGUUUGCUAUCUUGAUUUCUUAUUCUUCCGGUGAUUUUCGCCAUUUCUGCAUAUUCUAUAAGUUUUUGUAUCCAUUCGUCCUUUGCUGGGACUUCUGCUUCUUUCCAUUCUGAACAGGAAUAUGCUUAGCCCAGUGAUUCAUGUUCCAUUUCUUAGGGAUGGGCCAGAUUCGAAAUGCAAGUGAAUAAGCCACAGUGCAUAUGCCCUUUAAAUGCAUGAGGGCAGAAUAUGGGCUGAUUCAUGCAAGUUUACUUGUUUAUGUAUGGUGGGAAUUCCCAGGCCAAAUGAUGGAGGAAACAUAACCCUCAUCUUGGUCUUAUUCAGCAGCCUAAGGACCUCCUGGACCACUGAUAAUUGCUGAGUGUCAUUUUACAUCACUGGAGCUGAUUUCUAUCUCGAGGACAUGAUGGAUGGCAAGUGGCUGGAAAUGUAUAGACUUGUUUUGCAAUGCAGACAGAGUUGCAGAAGCCCAAGGGGGUGGGUGGGAAAUUGCUGUGCACUGUGUACCUUGUGUAGUGCAAAUGGCCAGUAUAUCAGCGUGUGAUAUGUUUUACUAAUUUUGUCACACACACACACACACACACACACACACACACACAUAGGAUACGUCAAUGGCAACGUCAAAUAACAGGAUGUUUCCGGUCUCUUCUAGCGGUUUCUGAAUGAGAAGUCCAUAGUUUGGGGUUUCACAAAUAUGCUUGCUUUCACAUCAUCAUCAUCAUCAUCAUUUAUUUAUACCCCGCCCAUCUGACUGGGUUUCCCCAGCCACUCUGGCCAGCUCCCAACAGAAUAUUAAAAACACGAUAAAACAUUGAACAUUAAAAGCUUCCCUAAACAGGGCUGCCUUCAGAUGUCUUCUAAAAGUCAGAUAGUUGUUUAUUUCUUUGACAUCUGAUGGGAGGCCGUUCCACACGGCGGGUACCACCACCGAGAAGACCCUCUGCCUGGUUCCCUGUCACCUUACUUCUCGCAGUGAGGGAACCGCCAGAAGGCCCUCGGAGCUGAACGAAGUCUUGAUGAGCUCAGAGUUGUUCUGUAUGUCCCCAAACCUAAGCAUUUAGGAAUGAAACUCCAGCUGCUUCAGUUUCAAGAGAAUGAUAUGCAAGUUCUGCUACAUACAAUGGAAUUUCAUGGGAAACACAACUUAAGUCACUUUGAAAGAAGAUACUGGAGUAUACCAAACCAUUUGCCGCAUACGUGCACAGCAGUAGAUCUAGCUGCAAAGCAACACAUGGGGUCUGCAUUGGUCAUUGCAAUGCAUCACUAGUUAUUAUUAUUGUAUAAUUAUAAGAUUACCAUAGGAUAAGCUGUCCUGCCCAGCUUAACUGGGUCAAACCCCUUCACCUUGGGAGAAAAGGUUACCAAACUCUGUUCUCUCUCUUCCACUCUGUAAAUCUGACUAGUGAGGAGGUCCAAGCUUAGACCGCAUGGCUUAAGCAAGCCAUCUUUGUGUUUCUAUACAAAUAAUUUAGAAACAUUUACCAUUCAGCAGCCUAAGUUAUACCGCCUGUCUUUUCUUGCUGCUGUAUGGAAAAACACAUGAAUCUGACCUUUGAAAAGUUGGUAAGUAAAUCAUUUUUUAACUUACCAAACAUGUGGUCUCUUUCUAUGCUAAGGGAAAUGGGGGGCUUUGGAGGCAACUUGGAAGGGGAUAUUUUAAAAGUCUAAUAGUCUAUAUUUCCUUGCUUUACUUUGCUGCAUGUUUGUGCUUUUAAAUCUCUGCUGGUGCUCUCUCAUCAAAGAGUACUUACCCCAAACCUUGAUCUAGACACCCAGGGAAUUCUCCUUUUUAAUAUAUCUAAAGUAUUUCCCCUCUAACCAAAACAACAAAUGAAAUUUUAAAACCAACGCAAUUAGGUGGUCCCCUGGUCUGAUACUAAGAGGGAAAGACUAUAAUGGUUGAGCGUCUGUUUUGCUUGCAGGAGGUUUUGCUUCCUAGGUUCAGUCCCCAGCAUCUCCAGCUGGACUAGGAAAAGGCUCCUUCUUGAAAGUCAUUGGACAAUAGUAUGCUAGAUUGGCCAAUGAUCUGACUUCGUAUGAUGCAGUUUCCUAAGUAUAUUCCAUUGAUCCAGCAGAACUCUACUUAUGUUUUUGUAUUCUUAAGGCAUCAUUCGAUGCCGCUUGUGUGUGAGAGUCCUCAGCAGCAUUUAGAGAUUUUUAGGGAUUUUUAGAUUUGGGAUUUUUUUUAAAAAAAUAGUUUUAUAAGUUGUGCAUCUUUGUUUCUCAACUUGAUCCUUUUACAUGGUUUUGGUAUUUUAUGCAUCACAACUUGCAGUUAUUUUUAUUGAUCAUAGUUUAGCAAUUAUUUACUGUGAUUGUUAAGAGUGAAUUUCUGUUUAAUUAUUAUUUGCUGGUAUUUUGAGAGUUGAUUUUAUUGUGUACUCUUAUAUUCUAAUAGAUUAUUGAAUAUUACUUUGUUUGAUUUAAGCCGUUCCAUUUUAAAGUUAUGUUUUAUUAUGACUUUUUGUAUUGGAUCAGAUUAUCAUCUGGUGUGUGUUCUUUGUUGCAUAUUCUGUUGCUGUAAAGCACCUUGUGCAUAGUAAUAUUGAAAGGUGGUGUGGGAAUUAAAAGUGAAAUAAAAUAAAACAGGAAGCGAGCAUGGUUGCUAGAUAUGCAGAUAAAGUGAGGUGAGGGUUGGGGUGAACACAUACUUUCGUUUUUAUAUAUAAUUUUUAUUAAAUUUUCUGUUUUACAAUUUAAAGUACUCAUUUUCACAUCCUUAAGAUAUCAGUGACUUCCCUUCUUCUCAUUCCAUGGUUCUUGUUAUAAUCCCUGCAUAUUUUACAGAAACUAUACCAUUCAGUAUUCCAUUAUUAGUAAAGGUAAAGGAACCCCUGACCAUUUGGUCCAGCCGUGGCUGACUCUGGGGUUGCGGCGCUCAUCUCACUUUAUUGGCCGAGGGAACCGGCGUACAGCUUCUGGGUCAUGUGGCCAGCAUGACUAAGCCGCUUCUGGAGAACCAUAGCAGCACACGGAAACGCCAUUUACCUUCCCGCCAGAGCAGUACCUAUUUAUGUACUUGCACUUUGACGUGCUUUCGAACUGCUAGGUUGGCAGGAGCAGGGACCGAGCAACGGGAGCUCACCCCGUCGUGGGGAUUUGAACUGCUGACCUUCUGAUCGGCAAGUCCUAGGCUCUGCGGUUUAACCCACAGCGCCACCCGCGUCCCAUUCCAUUAUUACAUCCAUCAUAACUAAUUUACACUCUUGAAUUUAUCUUAACGCUGCCAGCGUUUUCAGCUGUACACAGUUAUUUCCCAUAUAUUCCAUAAACGCUUUCCAAUCUUCUCUAAACGUUAUGUUCUUCUUGUUUUCUUAUUCUAUUGAACACACAUUUUUGAACCAACGUCAAUGAAAUUUCUUUCUUUAACGCAGCUUUCCAAGAUGUUCAUGUGAUGAUUUUUGUGGGCUUUGGGUUCCUCAUGACAUUUCUUCAACGCUACGGUUUUGGGGCUGUCGCGUUCAACUUCCUCCUUGCCGCCUUUGGAAUCCAGUGGGCUCUCCUGGUUCAGGGCUGGUUUCAUACCUUUGAGAAUGGGAAGAUACUCAUUGGAGUGGAAAGGUAAGUUUGCCCAUAUGGAACCUGGCUGGGGUGGGUGGGGGUCCCGUAUUUCUUGGCUGGACUAUAAGGUUAGUGUGAUACACUGGUGAAAAGAACCAGUGUGUUGUACAGUGGUACCUCGGGUUACAGACAGUUCAGGUUCCAGACUCCGCUAACCCAGAAAUAGUACCUCGGGUUAAGAACUUUGCUUCAGGAUGAGAACAGAAAUCGCACGGCGGCAGCGGGAAGCCCCAUUAGCUAAAGUGGUACCUCAGGUUAAGAACAGUUUCAGGUUAAGAACAGACCUCCAGAACGAAUUAAGUUCUCAACCCGAGGUACCACUGUAUUUAAAUGUAAAGAUACGAACAGGGAAGGAGGGCUGGCGAGUGAGACAGAAUCCAUUUGCCCUAUAGGGAAUCAGAAAGAUAUGGAAACUUUUGAGUUUCACAGAAUUGUUAAUAGGACAAAAUGAAUGCUUAGAGCAUUAAAAUAUGGCAUUAAGAGUCUGAAUAGGCAGAAGAAUAUAAGAUGAGCCAGUUGGAUCAAGACAAUAGCCCAGUUGUUGUUUACUAUAUCUCUGUAGCAUACCACCACAGGGUCAGUUAAGUCAGAAAUACAGGUCCCUGCUGCAAGGAAUCUACAGUGGUACCUCGGGUUAAGAACUUAAUUUGUUCCGGAGGUCCAUUCUUAACCUGAAACUGUUCUUAACCUGAAGCACCACUUUAGCUAAUGGGGCCUCCUGCUGCCGCCACACCACCGGAGCACGAUUUCUGUUCUCAUCCUGAAGCAAAGUUCUUAACCCGAGGUACUAUUUCUGGGUUAUCGGAGUCUGUAACCUGAAGCGUAUGUAACCCGAGGUACCACUGUACACUUUAAAACAGGCAUUUAGAAAACAAAUACAGUGGUACCUCGGGUUACAUACACUUCAGGUUACAUACUCUGCUAACCCAGAAAUAGUACCUCAGGUUAAGAACUUUGCUUCAGGAUGAGAACAAAAAUCGUGCUCCGGCGGCAGUGGGAGGCCCCAUUAGCUAAAGUGGUGCUUCAGGUUAAGAACAGUUUCAGGUUAAGUACGGACCUCCAGAACAAAUUAAGUACUUAACCUGAGGUACCACUGUAACAGGAAAGUAAAGUAAAGGAGAGGCAAAGGAGACCAGGAAACAUGGAAGAUCCACACGUGGUGUUUCUGUCCUCCCUGUGAAUCUUGAGGGCCUCCUGAUAUGGAAGGGAUUCAGUUUAUGCCAGCGUUGCUUCAUCCUUGGGUCCUAGAUGUUGGACUACAACUCCCAUCAUCACCAUAGCCAGCUUAGCUAAUGGUCAGGAUGAUGGGAGUUGUGAUCCAACGCAGUAGCGUUGGGGAGCAUGGGGAGUAGCAUGGGGAGGCAGUGGUGCUUGCCUGAUCUCCAGUCAGUCAUAUGGGUGGAAUUAGAGGCAGAAGGACAGUGGUAUGGUGAAAAUGACGCGGUGAUGUGCAGCAGCACAGCUCAUCCAGGGCUCCCGCAGGUCUGUUUGCACCAUACCUGCUUGCCACCCAACACACGAUCCGCUACUGGUCCAACAACGUCUGGGGACUUAAGGUGGAAGUACACUGGUUUAUACAGGUUUUGAUAUACAGUGGAACCUCGGGUUGCGAACGUGAUCCGUGAGGGAGGCAUGUUCGCAACCCGCAGCGUUCGCAACCCGCAGCGCCACAUCUGCACAUGCACGGGUCGUGAUUCGGUGCUUCUGUGCAUGCACAAAGCGCAAUUUAGCACUUCUGUGCAUGCGCAAGCGCCGAAACCCGGUAAUAACCCGUUCCGGUUCGGCGCGGUGCGCAACCCGAAAACACAUAACCUGAAUCGUCUGUAACCUGAGGUACCACUGUAUAUACAUAAAUGUGCUUCAUUUCUAACCUUCCUCUUCCUCUUCCUCUCAGCAUGAUUGGUGCAGAUUUCUGUGUGGGUUCUGUCUGCAUCGCCUUUGGCGCCGUCCUGGGCAAAAUCAGUCCUGUGCAGCUGCUGAUCAUGACACUGUUUCAAGUGACUCUCUUCUCCGUUAAUGAAUACAUCCUACUGGACCUGCUCCAUGUAAGGCUAUUUAACUCUCUCUCUCUCUCUCUCUCUCUCUCUCUCUCACACACACACACACACACACACACGCUGGAUCUAGACACACCCAAGAAGUGUUUCAGUUAAACGCGCCGUAAACUUUGUAUAAGAAAUCGGGUUGGCAAAAAUGGAACUCCACAGCGCCACCUGGUGUCACAGUGUUUUAAUGAAUAUACAGCACAUACGAGGCGCUUUUUCUUUGCCAAUGUAGCUGAGUCCACAGACACUUACUAGUGCCCAAGUGGUUUCACAAUUAAUUCUCCUUCCCAGGAAACUUUGGGGAAUAUAGCUCUGCACACAAGUGGAUUUAGGGCAGAGCGACUGCUUCGCCCACACUGGGCGCCAAGCCUAGAGAGUGCUGCAGGGACGUUGUAACAAUGACAAACAAAGGAAGAUGAGAGGCCAGGGGGGAGGCACCAAAUUUUGGUAUUGCAUAGGGCGCCACUGAAAUCUGAAAGCCCAAAGUCCUCUGCUGCUCUGUAAGGAGAAUAGGUGUCAGGGUCUGGGCAGAGGAUGAAUGGUGGAGACUGCCUCCCCAUCCUGACCCUUCCAGGGAGGAGGAAGAGGAAGACAGUACAGCUUUACAACAAGGGGGUGAGGGAGGUUGUAGCUCAGAGGCAGAUGAAGGGGAAAGUUGGGAAAUCAGGGGAGUGAAGGAGCAGGCAGGGCCGGAGCAGCAGCGGGCUGACAUGUUAUCACUAGAAAGCAUUCCAGACCCACCAUCUCCCAGAACCUGGCGAGACUUAGAAGUAGGAGAGCAAAGAGCUCAAAGACAGAGGGCAUUUAUCAGCACCCAUAGAAGAGAUGACUAAUGAAGAAGUGGGAGAGAAGGGGAGUGGAGAUUUACUCAGGACCAUGCCAUUAUCCAAGAGGCUGGGUUCUGUAAAGUAUGGAAUAAAAAAGGACUGUCUGAAAUGUUUCCUUGUUUUUAUACUUUCCUUGGCAACCAGCCAGGAGCCGCUGACAGCAUCCUGACAAUAGGGGAUUUCCUUCCAACUCUCAGCACCCUUAACCAGCUACAUUUCCCAGGAUUCUUUGGGGGAAGCUAUGACUGUGUAUGAUACUGCUUUAAAUGUAUAGUGCAGAUGGAGCAGAGCGAAUUCCUACCUGUGUGGGAAGGGGAGGGACGAAAGGAAAACUGCUUGAGGGACAGAACCAAACUGAACAGAACACCACUCAUGGGAUUAGCAAUUGCACAAAUAGUAGUUGUUUUAAAGGGUGAGUCGGCACAGGCCUUCCCCAAUCUAGAUCAGGACUCUGGCAAAAAAUAAAAAUAAAAAUGGGGGAGGGGGUGUUGGUGAGCUUUAAGCUUUAAGACCUGCCCAGCGCAGGUCUCUUUUCCAAAGCACACAAAAACCUGGAGUUAGUCCUGGCCUUGUGGAAUGUGAUUGCACAAGUAGUGCAAUGGUGUGUAAAGGCCCCCAGAGGAAGACAUUCCUCAGACCAUCAGAUAGAGGAAUUGGACUGUGCCCUGAGGGAGGCAAGCUCAAAAAUAUAUAUUUUUUUGGUCACUGUGUGGGAUGCAAGGACAGCCUUGGGCUUCACUCACCAAUGUUGCAAGCGCUGGGAAAUAUUACUUGUUUGCCAAAUUCAUGUCAGUUGCACCAAAUAAUAUUACAAUGAAUUCACUCCAUAAAUGGAAAGCCAGAUUAGUUUCCUAUAUUUUCCCACAUAACAUUCUUCUUUUAUCAGCUCCAAAAGGCUGUUUUUGUGUGCCAAGCUCAGAACCAAACUGGACAGAACACCACUCAUGGGAUUAGCAAUUGCACAAAUAGUAGUUGCUUUAAAGCAGGGGUCAGCAACCUUUUUCAGCCGUGGGCCGGUCUACCUUCCCUCAGACCAUGUGGUGGGCCGGACUAUAUAUAUUUUUUUUUGGGUGGGGGGGAUGAACGAAUUCCUAUGCCCCACAAAUAACCCAGGGAUGCAUUUUAAAUAAAAGGACACAUUCUACUCAUGUAAAAACAUGCUGAUUCCCGGACCGUCCACGGGCCGGAUUGAGAAGGUGAUUGGGCCGCAUCCGGCCCACAGGCCUUAGGUUGUCUACCCCUAUUUUAAAGGGUGAGUGAGCACAAGCCUCCCUCAAUCUAGAUCUGGGGUGUUGGGGAGCUUUAAGCCUUUGACUUCUGCUGUGGUCCUGAGCUUGGGGAGGGUUCGUUGACUACAUUGGAGAAAGCUUCCACUGUUGCCAAGAUUCGCCACAUUCACACCAUAUGUUUUACAUACCACUCAACUGCCCCGAUUAAAUGGGAACAUCCCAUUUUGGGGCUCUGCUCUCACGUGAGAGCAUGGUACCUGAAAACAUGUGAGAUCGCGAUAUGUCAUGAGAUCAUGGAGCCCCAAAAUGUGAGGUGUUUUGGCUGUGUACUCUCGCACUGGGAGCGCAGCCUGGAAGAUGCGCAUCCCAGUUUUUCGCCAUAACAUGUUGGAGGGCAUGCAUUUAAAACACCACACAUUUAAAACACUUUUAACAGUCAUGGAUUCUCCCAAAUAAUCCUGGGAGCUGUAGUUUGGUAAGGGUUCUGAGAGUUGUUAGGAGGCCCUUAUUCCCCUCACAGAACUAUAAUUCCCAGAGUUCUCUGUGAAGAGGGAUUGGAUUGUAAGACCGCUCUGAGAAUUGUUGCUCUGUGAGGGGAUUUUCUCAUUGUGGUCUAGCUGCUUCUGGGACAGUCAUGGAGACCCUCCCGUUCCUUCCCAAGACUGACCCCUGUUCUCUCCCAUCACUGCAGGUUAAAGAUGCUGGUGGAUCCAUGACCAUUCACACAUUUGGCGCUUACUUUGGACUAGUGGUGACCGCCAUUUUGUAUCGGCCCAACUUGGAGCAGACCAAAGAUAAGCAGGGUUCUGUCUACCACUCAGAUCUCUUCUCUAUGAUUGGUAAGAUUUGCCUUUGGUUUUUGAUGCUUUCUGCCUUCAGCUUGCAGGGUGGCCAGGCUUAGGGAAGAUCGGCCCCAGUUUGCUAAUGAGAAGAAUGUCUCUUCUCUCCAUCCUUAAUCCUGCCAAAGUAGCUCAGAGACAGAUUGAACAAUGAAAUGGUCUGCAGAUGACAGCGUGCUUCUUUGUCAGCUCACAAGGCUCAGUGUCAGCCUGUUCUACAUCAGCGGUGUGUUAUAGAAAAAAACUGCUCCUUUUCCCUUAUGGGGUAUCCAAGAGCCCGUAUAGAGUCCUUAAGUGGGUCCCCCAUCAGUAGGAGAAAAUAACAGAGGCCAACCAGAGGGUAUUGAGAAGCAAAGCGGCUAGUAAGCCUGAUUUUUAUUAACUGUUGCAACAGGGUCCCCACUCCCCACACGCUGGAGGGAGAACCUUGAACAAUGGUGUGCAACCCCUUAUAUAGACUUUUGGAAUUUCCCACCCUGUAGCCCAAGACCAACCCCCAAAACAUCAUACGUACAUCAUAAAAGGAGGUGGUCUACAGCAGAAAUACCGUACAUCACAGGAAUCGGUCUACAGCAGAAAUCCUGUCUGCCAGGAUUCCUGAUAAUGGUUACUGGCAGGGCUUGAGCCUUAUAUUUUAACUCUUGGGGACCACUCGCUGGUGGCAAAGAAGAACUACAGCCCCAAAUUCAUGUUACAACGAAUGAAUGGGUCGUGAACCCAAGUAAAAUUGGAUUUGUGGGUUGACAUACCGAAAAGGUUGGGAACCACUGAUCUAGAUGCUUCUGUUAAUCUGAUGUUGCAAGUUAGUUCAUCCUUCCUCCUCCUCCAGGCACCUUAUUUCUAUGGAUGUACUGGCCCAGUUUCAACUCUGCCAUUUCUGAUCAUGGAGAUGCCCAACACCGGGCUGCCAUCAACACCUAUUGCUCUCUGGCGGCCUGUGUCCUCACGACUGUGGCCUUCUCGAGCUUGUUGCAGAAGAAAGGCAAGCUGAACAUGGUGAGCAAAGACUGACGAUCUUCACAUUGCCACCACUAGCAUGGGGUACAUAAGCACACUCCCUUCUUUGCUCCUUGUGUUUUGUGGGCUCAUAGGAACUGUAGGGAGAUACACAUCCACACACGCCUCUGGCAAGCAAUUAUUUUGGGGGGAGUUGCAGAGAAAUUAAAGGUUUCCAAAAUUCUUGGGUGUAGUGGUUUCAAACCACUUUUCCAAGGACCGCCAAUGGUCAUUAUGGAAGAGCAAGGGAGGAAAAAAUGUUAACGUUUUCCGCUAAAUGUUGAAGAGGCAAGCCACUAUUCAGUGUGCCUUUUAACUGAGAAGGCUUAUCUCUUCAGCCGUGCAGCUGGCACCAGUGGAAAAUAAAGAACGGAAGGAUAAUCAGUGGAACCAAGUAGACAGAAUUGGGUUCUGGAGAGCAAGAGGAGGAGCGUCACUUUCCCUUGAUAAGAGUAUAGCCUACUGAAUGCAGGAAACUCCAUUAUACUGAGACUGUCUAUAGUCCACUAUUGUCUGCUCAGACUGUCAACAACUCUCCCAGGAUCCAGAGAGAGGUCUUUCUAAUCUUGAGAUUAUUUGAGUGCAGAUGUAGGGCAAGAUCACCAAGCUUUUGAAGCUGGUGGAACAAAUCCCAUGGGCACCAGUCACUACCAUGUUUGUACACAGAGAGAACCUCUUUGCAUGUCUCCUCUUUUCAGAAAGGAAGUGAGGGCAGGUAGGUGCCUAAUCCUAGUAUCCAAUGAAAUCUGGAUAUUUCUGAGGAGGCGUGUUCAGCCUAGGAGGGGCUGUGUCAGUGCAAGCAGGAACUGAGCAGGAGGAGCAAACAACCUCUCAUAUUUAUUGAAAAAUAUUUAUUGAGACCUUUCAUGGGUGCUAUUGUUGGAAUGUUGUAGAUACUACAAGAAGAUUUAUUGAUUUCAUAGUAUCGUUCCUAACUCAUGCUUGUGAGUCAGCAGCAGAGCGACAUUCCCCAAUAUAUAGCAGGAAGGUAGUUGGUAAAUUCGUUUGAACCUCUUUACUUAAGCAAUCCAAUCUGGCAUUGUUCAGAUUGGGUUCUGUUCCUGGUGAGUCCCCUUUUCUCCCUCCUAAAAAGAAUAAAGACACAAGAAGCUUCUUUUAAAAGUAGUAAGAGGUUUACUCACAUUCAGUUCACAGUUGGAUCCCUGAAGGCAGGCUUUAGCUUAUAGUUACAGAUACAGUGUGGCUUACAUCCUUGUAAGGAUGAGACCCUGUGCUGCUGGCAGGGAGCCAGCAUUGCAGUCCAAGAGAAGAAAAGGCAUCAAAAGAGGAGGAUGGCUGCGUGGCUGGACCUUUUGUGGGGUCUGCAAGGGUCACGCCCACCUCCCUGGUAACAUGCAGGGGGAGGAUGCUCCAGACCAGGUGGGACAGGAAGUUCAGCUGGCUGGUUCAACAUCCCCCUGUCUGUGUCCACUCUAGGUAAACAAGGAAUGUUGCAUUUGACUGCUCCAAUGGACUACAUCCCGCAGCCAUAAGCGGUAGGGGCAGCAUAUUGGUCCCUUCCAACUCUACAAUUAUUUGAUUCUGUGACUUUGAUUCUAAUGCCUGAUAGGGAACUGAACUCUACAAAGUUGGAGAACAAACGUGUGCUCUGCCUUUGAGCUACAGCCCUUCUCACAUUCCUUGGGUAGCCAAGGUGGUCUCCCUCCAGAUAUUGUUCCAACUGCAACCUCCAUCAUCCCCGAUCCUUGACUAUACUGGCUGGGUCUGAUGGGAGUUGGCUAGCCCUGAUGCAAGGCUUGGAAUUCUGCUACUUAUCUGUAUGACAUGCUCAUUGAGCAGUCAUCCUGAUUUGCUUGAAGAAAGCUCAUGGGGUGAGAUUAUCAUAUCUGGUGUUGACUGAGCUUUCAUUCUUAUUCAUUUCCUGGUAGCCUAUAUAUGACAAUGACCAUUCAUCCCCCUUUGCUUCUGCAGUGUUUAUAUCCUGUGAAUCAUUGGUUCAUCAUACACUUUUCAACGCGUUCCCCCAACACUUUCCUAACCACAAAAGUUGUUGUUGCUGCCGUUAAGUGAUUUUCUUGAGGUCACCAAAGCACUUUAAUCCACUUUAACUGCACAAAGCUCAGUUUCUCAGUGUGCACUUGAACCCACCCCCUACUGACAGUCUGGGCACACCUCAGUUUAUUUAUUUAUUCUAUUUAACAUUUAUGUGUCACUUACUAGAACAGGGAUACCUCCCAGGGAUUUACAAAAUACGAUCUAAAAUGGCAAUUUUUAAAAACAUAAAAACAAACGUAAGAAAUCAAGUUAUAUAAAAGAAAUUAAAAUAUAAAAUGAAACCAUUAUCAUAGAAUUGUAAAGAUAGAAGGGACCCUGAGGAUCGUCUAGUCCGAACACCUGCAAUGCAGGAAAAUGCAGCCGUCCCAUAUGGGGAUCGAACCUGCAACCUUGCCGUUACCCACACCAUGCUCUAAUAAAACACUUAUCCUAAUUAAAACCACAUGUCCAGACUUCAUAUUACACACCAGCAUUUUAGCAGGCACCGAAAACAAUUCAGUGAAGAUCGCUGUCGAAGAUCCAUGGGCUGCGAAGGCUCCAAUCUCAGCUGCAAUGAGUACAAAACAAACAAUAUGUGCAAUCAUAAGUAAACAUAGGGUUAUAGCUAAUUAAAUUUUAGUCAGGGUAGACCCAUUGAAAUUAAUGGCCUAAUGUAGGCCCAUUAAUUUAAGGGGGGUCUGUUUUGAGUAAAAAUGAGUUGAAGAUAACCUGCAAAUGUCCAGGAGCAAAGGGCUAGCAAACAGCAGGGGCGUAGAGGAGGUAGAUGCCAUGAAAGGAGAAGGGCAGAGGCUUGACAAAUGAGCUGGGAAGGUUUGGUUGGCUUCCAACAGUUUAUAGAAGAGUGAUGGAAGAAGACAUCACCACAGGACUCCAGAAAGGGUGACGACAGAAGGAGAAUAAGGCAAAGUACACACACUUUAAAGCCAAACUUGGCCCUCCAGAUGUUUUGGGACUACAGUUCCCAUCAUCCCUGACCCCUGGUCCUGUUAGCUAGGGGUGAUGGGAGUUAUAGUCCCAAAACAUCUGGAGGGCCAAGUUUGGCUAUGCCUACUUUAAAGCAUGUUCCUUCCCUCAAAGAAUUCUGGGCCUUGUAAUUUUCUUUUUAAUUGCCAGGAAUUGUACCUACGAGGGGUAAAGUACAGGGCCCAGGAUUCUCUGAGGGGUAAAAGGUGCUCUGAUUGUACUUCAGAAGUAUAAAUGUACACAGCCUAAGAUUGUAUGGACCAGCAUGUGAGAGAUAAGGGAUGUGAGUUUCACUUCCAUCCUUUGUAAAACAGAGAUGGGGAACCCAUGGUCUUCUAGAUGUUGCUGGACUCCAGCUCCCGUCAGCCCCAGCCAGCAGUGGACAACCAUCAGGAAUGAUGGGAGUUAUGGUCCAAAAUGUGUGAAGGGCACCACUCCUGGCCUAACUGCACCUCAGUAAACAGGAAGCCUGGUGGUCCUUAAGGUUCUUCCGUGAACACAGCUAGACGGUCAGGGUACAAAUAAUAAAAUUAUUAUUAUUAUUAUUAAAUACUGAAUUUGUUGUUUUGUGCAGGUCCACAUCCAGAAUGCCACCCUGGCAGGGGGCGUUGCUGUGGGGACUGCGGCAGAAAUGAUGCUAACCGCAUAUGGCUCCCUCAUUGUUGGGUUUAUCUGUGGCAUUGUGUCUACCAUUGGGUUUGUCUACUUCACGGUAAGGGCACCUCUUUUUAGAAAAUAUUAGAUCUAGCUUCAAGGCAACACAUGGAGAUCUGCAUUGAUCAUUGCAAUGAGGAAGCGCCAGCUUCUCCAGCUGGUUGAGGGGGUGCAAUACAAUUUCUCGAACAGCUAAGGCGGAGCCAAAUGUCCUCUGAAAAUUGAGGGGGCCUGGCCCCCUCAAAAAUGCAUUGGGGGGGAAACUACCUCGGCCCCUACAAAUCGGCUCCAAUGUUGCAAUGCACCCCUUAUUAUUAUUGCACAAUUUUCAGAUUAUUUUAUAUGUUUAGAAGCUUGUGUGGCCGGCACUUUCUUGAUAUCCUGCCUUCAGGCAGAAGAUAUAGAAGCAUGAUUAGUCGCACCAACAGGGUAAAGAACAGCUUCUAUCCAUGGGCUGUUAGGCUGCUGAAUGAAAAGAUAACAACAGGGCAACUGACUUUCGGGUUUGGUGGGUGGGUGUCAGUAAACAAGGGGAAUUAAGACUAAGAGAGCUGAGUGGGGGGUGCUCGUGUAAUCUCGCUGUAUACAAGUUGUACAAGUGACAAUAAAGUAUUUCAAAUUUCAAAUAUUAAUUGUAGAAGGGGUGUGGCAUUGAGGGGCAUAGCUGUGACUAUCAUGAAAGGACCCUGUACUUCCGAAUAUGCCACUAUAUUGUGAGAUGUCCCACAAGUGACACGAUCCUUUGGUCCUACAUGCUUUAUGGCAGCUUUUCAACUGUACUUGUGGAUUGGGAAUCUCCAAUAUUCUGCCCUCCGUAGAUCUAUAAUAUGUACCAGAGUCCUCGGCAAUGCAUGUGAAAUAUACUCGGAAUCAAGAGUGGAUUUCAUGCUCUUUAUUCAGCUCAUAGUGGUAAGGAGGAAUGAAAGUUCCCCCAAAAUAUCUGCUUUAUAUACAUUAUUUACACAAUGGGCUGCACGUGAUUGGCUAAUUCCGGGAUUCUCCUGUAGACCAAUCAGGUUGUGGAUUCACUUCCACCUAGAACUGGAUUGGGUGGCUCCUGCGGACCAAUCAUACUGCUGCAUUGUUCUAGGACCAAUCAGACUCCUUCAUUCUGAAUCCUAUUGUUCUAGGACCAAUCAGAUGGGGCCUAUUUCUCCCUCCACUAUGUUUAUAUCUUGGCUUCCUUUCUUGGAGCUCAAGGCAGAAUACAUGGCUCUCCUCCCCCUCCAUUUGAUUCUCACAACAAGCCUGCGAAGUUGGUUAGGCUGAGAGAUCCCAAGUCCCGCGGUGAGCUACUUCGCCAAGUGGAGAUCUGAACCUGGGUUUCCUAGUGCCUAACCUCUACCCUGCACUAGGCACGGAGAACCCAGAUGUCGUUGGACUACAUCUCCCAUCAGUCCUGGCCAGAAUGACCAAUGGUGAAGGAUGAUGGGAGCUGCAGUCCAAUAACAGCUGGGGGGGAGGAACGACAGGUACGGCUCCCUAUGUAGCCAGAACAGCACCUUCACCACAAGCAGGUGGUACUGGUAGGCUUGAGGGACCCUCGAGGUUUGCUGAAGCACAACAUUACAGUGGUACCUCUGGUUACGUACUUAAUUUUUUCCGGAGGUCCGUUCUUAACCUGAAACUGUUCUUAACCUGAAGCACCACUUUAGCUAAUGGGGCCUCCCGCUGCUGCCAUGCCACCACAGUGCAAUUUCUGUUCUCAUCCUGAAGCAAAGUUCUUAACCCGAGGUACUAUUUCUGGGUUAAGGUAAAGGUAAAGGGACCCCUGACCAUUAGGUCCAGUCGUGACCGACUAUGGGGUUGCGGCGCUCAUCUUGCUUUAUUGGUCAAGGGAGCCGGCGUACAUCUUCCAGGUCAUGUUGCCAGCAUGACUAAGCUGCUUCUGGCGAACCAGAGCAGUGCAUGGAAACACCGUUUACCUUCCCGCCAGAGCGGUACCUAUUUAUCUACUUGCACUUUGCCGUGCUUUCGAACUGCUAGGUGGGCAGGAGCAGGGACCGAGCAACCGGAGCUCACCCCAUCACAGGGAUUUGAACCGCCGACCUUCUGAUCGGCAAGUCCUAGGGUCUGUGGUUUAACCACCCGCGUUCCUAUUUCUGGGUUAGCGGAGUCUGUAACCUGAAGCGUCUGUAACCCGAGGUACCACUGUAUUAUUUUUUUUUAUAAAAAAGACAAGCAUCCUGAGGGAGAGGGAACCUUGAAACAGCUGACUGAGCAGUGACUGGCUGACUAUUUGGGAACAGAAAACCAGUGUGUGGCGGUGGCCAUGGAAUGGAGUAUUCUAGAAGUGGGUCAUGGCUGAACAGGAGCACCCCGCGUUGCAACACUGUGUUUCGGGUUCUGCUUCUAAAUGCCUUGUUCUCCCCUCAUGCCUGCCAGCCUUUCCUGGAGUCCAAACUGCGUAUUCAAGACACAUGCGGUAUCCACAACCUACAUGGGAUGCCAGGACUGAUAGGAGGAAUUGUGGGGGCUGUCACGGCUGCCGCUGCGACUGAAGGAGUCUACGGGAAGGAAGGGUGAGCAUCUCUGAAGGGUGGUGUGUUUUGUUUGGGGUGGGGGAUGAAGGAGAUAUAGAACUUGACUCUAUGGCGGCAAUUCACCUGCAUUUUAAUUUUUAUUUUAAUGCCUGUUACUUAGCAGAAGCUGGAAGACCUUUUUCAACUCAAGAGCCACAUUCCAUUCAGGGUAAUCUUCCUAGUGGUGGGCGGGGCCAGAGGCAAAUGUGGGCGGGGUAACAAAUGCAAAUUUCACCCUAGUACAGCAGGCUACUUUUCGACGCACACUCACCUCUCUUAUUCCCCCCUCCUUAGAUGCAAAGAGGCAUUAUUGUUCAGUUGUUCCGCCUGGCCUUUGACUUGGAAUCAACUUGAUCCCCUCCCCCUCUUUCCUUUUUCCUUUCUCCUUCUGUGAUGGAACUCCUAUUUGGCGACUUCCCUGGCUUUUUUCUGGCCCACACAGGACCUGUUUGGAUAGUUGGCCUUGGUGAAGACUUGAUGUUUUCAUCCCCCAAAAAGUUUUUGAUUUGAGUUUCUACUGAAAUGAGGCUGCAUUUUAAUGUUGUAUUUUAAUCUUGUUUUUAAGUUGUAUUUUAAUCAAUUGUUUUUAUACCUGGUGUUAGCCACCCUGAGCCCGGUCUUGGCUGGGGUAAGGUAAAGGUAAAGGGACCCCUGACCAUUAGGUCCAGUCGUGGCCGACUCUGGGGUUCCAGUGCUCAUCUCGCUUUAUUGGCUGAGGGAGCCGGCAUACAGCUUCCGGGUCAUGUGGCCAGCAUGACUAAGCCGCUUCUGGCAAACCAGAGCAGCGCACGGAAACGCCGUUUACCUUCCCACUGGAGCGGUACCUAUUUAUCUACAUGCACUUUGAUGUGCUUUUGAACUGCUAGGUUGGCAGGAGCAGGGACCGAGCAACAGGAGCUCACCCCAUCGCGGGGAUUCGAACCGCUGACCUUCUGAUCGGCAAGUCCUAGGGUCUGUGGUUUAACCCACAGCGCCACCCAUGUCCCCUUGGCUGGGGAGGGCGGGGUAUAAUUUUUUUUUUUAAAUUAUUAUCAUCAUCAUCAUCAUCAGAGUUCAAGGGUGCAGUUCAACGAAGUCGAAACAUUCUGGGUGCAAAACAGGGCUGGUAUGGGGCGUGGCACAAGGGCCAGACAAAAAGGCCAAAGGGAUUUCCAAGCCCUGAUUGAAGUGUAACCGUAUCGUUGUGUAUUAAAGAAAAGCUCACAAUUCUGAGGAAAGUAUGGGCUUUGCUUUGGCAAAACAGCGACGCUUCUGAAAGGACUUUGGGUUGCUCUCUCUGACCAUGUGGGAAAGCCUGACUCCCCUCCCUUUCCCCUGUUGCUUCCCUUCCAUGCAGGCUCAUCCGCGCUUUUGACUUCACGGGAGACUUCAGCCACAGAACGCCCAGCGUCCAAGGCGGCUUCCAGGCAGCUGGCAUCGCUGUAUCAUUGGGCAUGGCUUUGGCAGGAGGGGCCAUCGUAGGUGCGUGGUAGAACCACAGCUUUGCAUGCUGACGGCCCAGUGUUCAAUCCUUGACAUCUGCAAUGAGAAGAAUCAGGAAGCAAGCGAUGGGAAGGACCCCUCUGCCUAAGACUCUGGAGAAUGCCAGUCAUGACUAAGUCCAAAUGUGCCUUUCCAUUUUGACUCAGAAUUCAGGCUGCGUGUCACAUUAGUCUUUUUGUCCCUUUCUGAUCUGACAAACAGGAAUGCUACCUGUAUUAUUAUUAUUAUUAUUAUUAUUAUUAUUAUUGAUUACUCCUCAGCCACACUGGGCGGCUCCCAGCAGAAUAUUAAAAGCACAAUAAAACAUCAAACAUUAAAAACCUCCCUAAACAGGGCUGCCUUCAGAUGUUUUCUAAAAGUCAGAUAUUUGUUUAUUUCCUUGACAUCUGGUGGGAAGGCGUUCCACAGGGUGGGCGCCACUACCGAGAAGGCCCUCUGCCUGGUUCCCUGUAAUUUCACUUCUCGCAAUGAGGGAACCGCCAGAAGGCCCUCAGGACUGGACCUCAGUGUCUGGGCUGAACGACAGGUAUACUGGGCCGAGGCCGUUUAGGGCUUUAAAGGUCAGCACCAACACUUUGAAUUGUGCUCAGAAAAGUAUUGGGAGCCAAUGUAGGUCUUUCAGGACCGGUGUUAUAUGGUCUUUGUUUUAUAUGACUGACCCAGGGAGCCCAGGUUGUGUUAAGUCAGAUCAGGCUUUGAUCUGGGCCUACAAUGGCAAAUGUCCUUCUGCUUCCUUGGUAUUCAAAGUCCAGCCUGCGCCACCAUCCUGAGUUCUUUACUGUCUUUUCCCAGCAACUGCCUACAAUUUUAGCCUCAUGGUGCUUUGUGGUGUUUCACUACCGCCAUCUUGUGGCAUGUUGGGCUAUGGGUUUUUUUGGUUGUUUUUUUAAAAACAACCUAUUUGCAACGUUUCCAAUAAUUCAGUUUACUGUUACCUGGCACACAUCAAACAGUCUUGGGCCCAAAAUUAGUUUCUUGAGGAGUUUCUCAUGAUCACUUUUUGGUUGUUGUUUUUUUGCAGUUUUAACAGAUAGACACAUUUUGGCACGCAGUAUAUCCCCUAAUAAAAUACAUUUUAUUUUCACUCCUAUUAUUCAGUUCUAUCUAUUCCCGUAGUAUAUUUUAUAUGUUUGUAAACAUUAAUUGAAAAACUGCACUGCCAAAUUCAGGUAACUGCAAAUCCUGAAGGGUGGCUGCAUUUCAACUCAGGUGUGCCUUUAAAUGAAACAACAAUCAAACUGAAUCAAAUUUCUGCUGCAUCCCUGAUUCCUAGUUGGCCUGUCCCACCAAACUGCAGCCAGGGGCCUAAUGAAAAACCAUAUUGCCCUGAGGUGCGUGACAUAUUGCUUUAAUGAUUUUUAACUGCUCUAAUUGCACAGCUUUUUAACUGGGUCUCUCUUUUAUUUUUUAAUUAAAGCUGUUUUCAUAAUCUAAUUACACAGUUGCUAACAACUUAGAAGCCAUUUUGGCACAGAAGCGGUACAUAAAUUAAAUAAAAAAUAAAAACAAUAGCAUGAACUCCGUGCUCUGUUAUUUUUCCUUCAGGUGGCAUUUUGAAACUGCCUUUCUUUGGAGACCCCACAGAUGAAAACUGCUUUGAGGAUAAUGUUUACUGGGAAGUAAGUGAUUUAGACCUCUAGGUUCAGACAGCUGAAGGAUUCUGUCUUUACAGAGUUUGAUUCAGCUGACUUGAUCCACAGCUCUAAAGUGUGGAAUAAUCUUUUGUCUUGCCGAGUAUUUGGAACAUGGGGCAUCUAGCACAGGAUGGGGAAAGCUGUAACUCUCCAGAUGUUGUUGGAUUCAAACUCCCAUCAGUCCCAGCCAGCCUGGCCGAUAACCAGGGAUAAUGGAAUUUGUAGUCCAACAAAAUCUGGAGGCCCACAGGUCCCCAUCUUUGAUGUAAUGAAAGUCAAAUAUUAUCUGGAGCAAUGCUAUAUUAUGCAACAGACAGAUUUAGCACGUGCUCCUGCUAAACCUCUGCCCCUAAACUGGGCCAGCUGGUUAUUAUAAGAACAACUGUCUUGAAAUUGGUGGCUGAAUUUUAAUUCUCCUCUUCCCUCCCUGUUCCUUUUUCUUUGUGUGUUGUGGUAGGGACUGUCUUGCUUUCAUUAUACGUAAGCCACUCUGGGAGCCAUUUGUGCUUAAACAGUGGGAUAAGAACAAAAUAAAUUUGCUCCGAUACAAAAUUCUCCCUUUACCAAAAAUAUGACCAAACUCAGUCCAUAUUGCAGGCUAUCCAGUAAACAAAACUGAAUAAAUAUGUAGAUUGUCAUUCAUAUUCUCUAUUCUUAUCCAUACUAAUAACAACUACACUUGUAGACAGACCAUAUUGGUGUGGACCAGCCUUUUCGCAAGCUUUUGCCCUGCAGAUGUUUUUAGGACUACAACUCCCAUCACCCUCGGUUAUGCUGACUAGGACUGAUGGGAGUUGUAGUCUGAGACAUCUAAGCCUUGUGUGGACUCUAUGGUGAGGAAAGUAAAACAAGCCUUUUUAAGCCACGAGAUGGUGCUGUUCCCUGUCACAUGAGGACUUCAUUGUAUAACAGUUUUGUUUUGUUUUCCCUCUUUGUGCGUCUUCUGGGCCUCUCCUUUCUCCAGAGCCAUAAAAGCUACAGAUAACCGUGAUAAAUAAAUAAGUUGGGACCUAACAGAUGUUUUCGCCUUAUCAGGUACCUGGGGAUGAAGAGAGCAGCCUGUAUUGUAUGAACGACUCAAACGCAAAGCCUGUGACAGACCCUUAAUCCACUGGAGUCCAUGCCAAUGGUAAAAUUGGACCCCUAUUUCGGGACAAAUGAAUCUUGACAAUUUCAGAUUUUUCGAGACUUGAGUUCAGUUCACCUGCAGGAAAUUUUAUGUGUGUGUUUUCAUCCAGGUUUCUCCUAGUAUACAUAACCUGUACAUGAUCUCACCUAGUCCCACCUUGCACACACAAUCUCACCUGAUCUCAUCUAACAGUCUGGGGCCAAUUUACAUGAAAGUUCACCUUACCCAUCUAUACUCACUCAGCCCCUUCAAUCUGCAGAACUGACACCAUUACAAGUGCCACAUAAUGCUUUCCCCUCAUUUGUAGUAAACUGAUAUUUUAGUGUGACAGAACCCACACUUCGGAAGUGCCUUCAAUGUGCUCUCUUUGGUGACUGCUAAAAACCAUUUUUCUUUAGGCAAGUGUGUCUAGGCAUGGAGAACAUUGACAUGUGUUCUAGUUUGACUUUUUAGCUUAUCGUUGGUUUUAAUUGUUUUAAAAAGGUUUUAAUUAGUUCUUUAUAACUGUGUGAAUUUCUCCUAAUGCACACUUUUUUGGAUGCAAUUUUGCCUAAUGGACUCAUUUUUGCAAAUCAGUUUCCCCCGGUGCUUUUUCCUAAAAAAAAUGUUUAGGGGUACUCUCAUUUUCCUAUUCAUAUUGAAAUACUGCCCCUCAAUGAGGCCAAACUUUUGAUUCACAAAAUGCUUAGGGGUAUGCGUACACCUGUGUCCCCCCAGAAAACCCCCCACUGGUUUUCCCUAAUAUAAUGCAUUUCCAUGCAUACUUCACCCUAGUAUAUGCAAAUCAAAUUAAACCCUUGUUCUUCAAGCCAAUGGUCAGCAUUUUUAUGCCUUUCUGUACAAAUUACUUUGAGAUCUGCCUUGAAAAAUUCAGAGAAUUUCAAAGGAUGGCUGUGUUUCUGUUUUUGUAUUGUUUUGGAAAGAGUGAAUGAUAAAUGCAAACGUAGUGGAAUUUCUCCCCUGUCUUUACACAUGAGCCUCUCUUUUUCUUUUCUUAUAGGACAAUGCAGACAACCAGAUCAGUAUAAUCAGCCUCUCUUUUUGGAAUUCCUUGAGUGAUUUUUGUUUUGUUUUGUUUAACCUCCUACACUCUCAAGUACACAAGAAGUUUGUGGUUUUCUGGAAGCUGUAACAUUUGCUACCAUCAUUUGUCCGGAUGCAAAGAUUCUUCAUGGAAUAGAUUGUGCCCUUAUUAUUAUUAUUAUUAUUUCUCUUCCUGCAUCUUGCACCAUUGUGAGGUUAGCCUGGAAGAAAGAGUGUUUACAUCCUCCUGCUGCCUGCAAAGACAAGUGGAAAUCUAUAAUAUCAUGUGGUUAGAAGCGGCAGCAAAGUUCCCCCAAGUUCAGGACUUGGAUACGAGCUGCAGAGCAUGUGAAAGAUCACCUAAAAAAGAAAAAGUGAGCUUUGCAAGCCCCAAAUGUAUUCACCGUCUCAGUUUGAAAUCUCAGCCGGAGAAUUACUGGCCUCCCCUGCAUGUCCACAACAGCUCCCCUGACUAGCCUCAUCCAAAGGUGCCUAGAGCAGAAAUGGUAUGAGCAGAAGAAAGAAGAGGGGAAUAAUAUUGUCCUUUCCUUCUUUCCCUCCAUCCAGGCAUUCUGCAUCGUUAGGCAGCAAAGCUUGAAAAAUGAUGGAAUAUGUAGCUAUCCUAAAAGUGGCUUGUAAUACAUUUUCCCGAACUAUCAGAUGGGCUUGGGAUGUCCCCUCUGAUUUUCCCCUGCCCCCUUUUCUGGGAAAUUCCCAAGCUGGAGCUGAUCUGAGAAGAGCUUGCAAUGCUGUGUUUCGGCCCCUUCAUAUUCCUCAGAUUGGUCUGAGAUUCUCUGCUUCCAUCCCCCGCCCCCUAGGAAACUUCUCAGCCAGAGGCAAUCUGGAAGAGAGCUUUUGAAUGCCCUCUCAUCUCUAAGUGCGCGGUGGACCCACUCGUGGUGGCAGCGUCUGGGGUCAGGAAGACCAAAAUGCUCAAGGCUCCGAAAGCCAGCAUGUGAUUAGCGUGCUGAAAGAUCUGUGAUAACGCAGCUGGAGAAGGGGAGACUUGAAACGCGUGCUGUCGAAAUCCCUCCUGUUGGAAUCAGUGGAUAUUAAAAGCGCUUAAUGCUAGACUGUACCCUCAAA